CGCCCGCCCUGGAGGGGGCGAGGCGGGAAGGAGCCUCCCCGCGAGCACUGCUUUCCGCUUCCGGCGCGCGGUGCACGGCGGGAAACCGGAGGAGGCCAUUAGGGGCUGCGCGCGGGCCGGGGCUGAGGCGGUUGCGGGCGGUGUAGCGCUGCAGCUCUGCAGACAUGUCGAUUGGAGUGCCUAUUAAAGUCCUGCACGAGGCGGAAGGCCAUAUCGUGACAUGUGAGACCAACACAGGAGAAGUCUACCGGGGCAAGCUUAUCGAAGCUGAAGACAACAUGAACUGUCAGAUGUCUAACAUAACAGUGACGUACAGAGAUGGGCGAGUGGCACAGCUUGAACAGGUGUACAUCAGAGGUAGCAAGAUACGGUUCCUCAUUUUACCAGAUAUGCUGAAGAAUGCUCCUAUGCUGAAGAGUAUGAAGAAUAAAAACCAGGGUUCUGGGGCUGGGCGAGGAAAAGCAGCUAUUCUUAAAGCUCAAGUGGCUGCAAGAGGAAGAGGCCGUGGUAUGGGCCGUGGCAACAUUUUCCAGAAGCGAAGAUAAUUUUGGUCUUGAUCAACAGGCUUUUCUUAUUAAGGGGUGUUAACUUGACUACAUGUGCAUCAGUAUAAGUUUUGUUUGUUUAAAUAAAUAUUUCUGACAAAAAAGUUGUCUGUUCUUGUAUGACAGAACUCCUCUUGGACACAUCCAAGUUCUGGCUUCUUUUUAUAGCUGGGAAAUAUACUGUAGGUUGUUAUGAGACUUGUAACUGCUUUGUCUGUAAAGUAGAGGACUUGGUACUUAGAUUUGACUUCAUUGUAUCUUUUUGUAUUAUGGAUUGAGUUUUAAAAGAUCAUCUUACUUCCUUUCUCUUGCUAAAUUCUAUUGUCAUUCUCUCCCUAAAGCAAAACUAGGAAGCAUUCUUGAUGAUGAAUUUUUAAAUCUUGUGUUUUAAAGUCUUAUUAGCUGCUGCAUUUUUGGAGCAUACAGCCAGAGGCAACUUCCUGAGAAGCAAAGUGCUACUUUCUCUUGCUUCAUAUGGACCUACAAUGUAUAGGUCUGUGUUGAGAGCUGUAUGUUGAGCUUGUAUUCCUGUAUUUCAUAUUUUUUCCCUUUUGGAUGCAGGGAAAAUUUUUCACUUGGAAUGUGCAUAACUUAAAUAUUUGGUAGGCUAUUCUAGCCUUAGGUCAAAGAUUCAAUUCUAACACUUCUGGUAGUUUGUUUGUUUUUCAUCCCUCUACCUGGGGAGUGAAGUUUAUUAACAGAAUAUAAAAUACUUAUUUGAGGACAAAUUUGAAAUGUUUUGUGAAGCUGAAAGCUAGUGUGGGUGUAUAGGGGAAGGGUUGUAUUAACGGUUAUCCAUUAAAUAUGACUGUACAAAGACUAAUCUUUUGAACAAGACCCGGGACUGAUCCUAGCUUCAGUCCUAACACUCAUGCAUCACCAUACAGAUCACUAGGUGAUCUGCAGGCAACAAAACUUCAUUAAAGUUUUAGCUUAUUUUGCUGAAAUAUGGUGUGGUUGUUCUUAUUGCUGACUUAAAUGGCUGAAAUGUUUAAAUUCAACACUCCUGUACCUAAUCUACUUAUGUGAUGAAUUAUCAGUCUGUGCAUGUGUCAGAUACCUGUUCUUGCUCUUCUGCUCUGAUGCUGUAAAGACUUUCCCUUGUGUGCAGACAUGGAAGUUCAGCUAAUGCAUUAACUUGCUGCAUUGUCUGUAAAUAAAGCAUUGAGCACUGAUUAUUAGAAAAACCUUGAUAAAUUUC